UCACCCCGAAUAUGAAAAUGUUGUAAAGAAAAAUGCCUUUCCGAUCCAGCUUCCAACUUGUUGAUUAUUCUUAGCUCAUUUGUUUCACUUUCAAUUGGCAAUGACAGCUUUUCUGUCAUUAAAUUUAUUUUUCUAUUAACAUGUUAGAUUACUCUCAUCAAAGCACAUUUGGCACGUGCAAACAAUAUUCUCCAUUGUAAAAUGCUGAGGGAAGAAAGGUGAAAGAACAAAUCUUCAUCCUACAUUUCUAUUGAUUUCGUUCCAAGAAAGAAGGUGCCGCUGCUGCUGCCACUGAACCCAGGCGACCCAGUUGACUUUAUAUGUGUGUGUGUGUAAAUUUUUAUACUAUCACUAUGUGAGUUAGAUAUUACGGAGGAAAAAAAGAUGGAGUUGACUAUAACACAGCCGGAUGAUUGGCAUCUUCACCUUCGUGAUGGAGACCUUCUCAAAGCUGUAGUCCCUCACAGUGUAUCCCUGUUUGGAAGGGCAAUAGUGAUGCCGAAUCUGAAACCUCCCAUCACAACAACAGUUGCAGCAAUGGCUUAUCAAGAAUCCAUCUUGAAAGCUCUGCCUGCUGGUUCAACCUUUACUCCUCUUAUGACACUUUAUUUGACAGAUACAACAAGUCCCACUGAAAUCAAGCUUGCAAAAAAAAGUGGAGUUGUAUUUGGUGUGAAGCUGUACCCUGCUGGUGCAACAACAAAUUCUCAAGAUGGGGUUACAGAUCUCUUUGGGAAAUGUCUACCUGUCCUUGAGGAAAUGGUUGAGCAAAAUAUGCCUUUAUUGGUUCAUGGAGAGGUUACAGAUCCUGAUGUUGACAUAUUUGAUCGGGAAAAGGUUUUCAUUGAAACUAUUUUGCGGCCCUUAAUAGAGAGGCUUCCACAGCUGAAAGUUGUGAUGGAACAUGUAACCACUUUGGAUGCUGUUAGGUUUGUGGAGUCAUGCAAAGAAGGCUAUGUGGCUGCAACUGUCACACCACAACAUCUUCUGCUUAAUAGGAACUCUAUAUUCCAAGGAGGAUUGCAGCCUCAUAAUUAUUGCCUCCCAAUACUCAAAAGAGAGAUCCACAGACAAGCUAUAGUGUCUGCUGUCACCAGUGGAAGUAAAAGAUUUUUCCUUGGAACUGAUAGCGCUCCUCACGAGAGACGAAGCAAAGAAUGUUCUUGUGGUUGUGCUGGUGUAUUCAAUGCGCCUGUGGCACUAUCGGCGUAUGCCAAAGUCUUUGAAGAGGCUGGUGCUCUUGACAAACUAGAGGCUUUUACAAGCUUUAAUGGGCCAGAUUUCUAUGGGAUUUCCAGAAACAACUCAAAAAUUAAACUAAGGAAAAAUCCAUGGAAAGUUCCUCAUUCUUACUCAUAUUCUUUUGGCGAACUAGUCCCAAUGUAUGCUGGAGAAACACUUGAUUGGAAACCAUCCUUGGACUGAAGCAGCUUUCAAAUUUGGACAAGUUAUGAUUCUCAUUUCCAUCAUAUUUUCCCUAUGAAUUUAAUAGUUUAAAGUUAUGAAAUAAAGAUGAAAUACUUGUUUGUGAGUAGUUGUAUUUCAAUUGGAUUGAUCAAAUUACACUAAACCAGUCAAAUACAAUCCAAUUACAAAAGAUUGGACAUCUAAUUACUGAAUUGGAUUUGAAUAGUUGUAUUUCAGUUGGAUUUGAUUAAUUAUUGAAAAAAAUUUCAAAAUUCAAAUAAAAA